GCUUCCUCUCAUAUGAUUUGAGGCUAUCCAUAAUCCAUUCCACUUCUAUAAAUCCCAAGCGCCCACUACUCUCCUUCCACUACCCAUCACUCCCCCAAGAUUCCACGGAUAUUUUCUCUCCCCCUGCUCCCGUCGCCAUCGCAAAGGAGAAAAAAAAAAGAGGAGGAAGGAAGGAAGGAUGAGCGCCACGGCGGUGUCGUCGCUGAACCCGGACGCGCCGCUCUUCAUCCCGGCGGCGUUCCGGCAGGUGGAGGACUUCUCGCCGCAGUGGUGGGACCUCGUCAAGACCACCGCCUGGUUCCGCGACCACUGGUUCCACGAGCACCAGCAGCUCGACGAGAUGGCCGACUCCCUCGCCCUCCACGACGCCGCCGCCGACGACGACGACCUCGCCGGCCUCCUCCCCGACGACGCCUUCGACGACGACGACGACGACGACCUCUUCUUCGACCAGACCCAUAACCUCCUCGUCGAUCCCCCGCAGCCGCCCGCCGCUCUCAAGACUGAUGCGGUGCUCAAGGCGCUGAGCCUGGUGUCUCCCAAGGGCGGCGACGCGCCGCGGGGGCUCCGGGAGAAGCCCCGGCACUCCGAGAAGCCCACCAAGUACGCCGGCAGCCCGAGGAGCGGCGGCGCUCCCCGCGUCAUCCACCAGCCUCGCUAGGCUGCGAUGGCUAGGAUGGCAAAAACUAAAGGAUGUAGCAAAAGCAUUGCGUCUUUGCGCCGCGGUGUUUUGCUUUGCUUCCUUCCUCCCGGCUGCUGCUGCUGGUGUGGUCUACUCAAAGUCUGGGUUUGUCCCUAGAGUUUAUCUAGGAAUUUAGUUGUGUCCUUUUGUAUAGUAUAAACCAAAAUGACCCUAAAAAAAGUAUGAACAAAAUGCAACCUUUGUUCAGUGUUGCCUUGUAAGUUUAAUGUUCAUCUAGAGUUCGUCUAGGAAAAUUCCAAAAAGAAGAAGUGGAAGAAGAAUGUAGUAGUGUGCACUCCUGUUAAUGUUCUGAUGAUGUGCAAUAGCAAGCAGCCUAAUGUUGAAUAUUCAGACUUUUCUCA